GGCUUCCUUACAUUUAAGUUGGCCUAAUGGAUUCCCUUGACAGUAUUUUAGUAUUACCAAUACUACUAAAUUAUUAUUACUCUCUUUAUUUGAAUUGUGCACAUGAAGGAAAUAAAGUUCUGGUGAACUUUAUUUCAAUGUUCAUUUCAUUCAUAAAAAUCACCUCUGAACUAAGAAUUCAUAGAUAUAGUCAUGAAACUAGUAUUUUUUUAGAGAUAUGGAGAGUAUUUUUGUAAAAGUCACUGUAUAAACUAACUGUUAUUGUGAUAAUUGGAUAGAAAGCCACUUUUUACAAUUCCUUAAGUAGUUAUUGUAGUAAACUACAUGAUGGGGUACACUUGUCGAUAGACUUAUUAGACAAAUCUAACUUGACUAUUAAUAAAUAUUACAUUAAUAUAAUUUAUCUAGCCCUAAAUCCCCAUAAUCUGCACCUAAAUUUACCCCAUUGGCAACCCUGUUACUUCCUAUUCUGUCUGCCAGUUGACAACACUGCCGUUGUUUACAUCACAACCGUUCUUUAUAAAUUUCCAAAACCCUUUGUGCCUUGAAGCUCCCGUUAUUUGUUACUGCAGUUUUAUGCUAUUUACCAUUUAUGAAAUCCACGAAAUUAGUGAAUUAACUUUUAUUUAUAUUGUGGUAUAUAUUUUAUUGAUGAAAUUUUACGCGACCCGGAUUUACGUGACCUGUUCAAUGGAUAAUCAAGAUGAUUCGAGUCUUCCUUCUGCUAGCAACAUCAGGAAUUGCCUGUCUUGUGGGACAAGGAUGUGUAGCAGGGAGUAUGAACCCCAUGACAUUUGUAACUUGUCGUGGACGUGUUUGUGACAUGACUUCUUGUUGCGACUUGUGUAAGUCUUGGUCUGACACAUAUAUGACAGCGUAUGUCAAGCAUCAAAGAAUCUUGUAGCAUAAAAGAUUGACUAAGGAGAAAAAGAAAUUGAUAGCUAGACCUGUAUCUAUUGAUUUCCUUGACUUCUGCACCCAUGGUUCUGGUUCUUCGAUUUCAGUAUCGUGAUUCCGGUUCCGAAUUAAUUGAUGUUUUGCCACCUGUACAACUGGUAACUAAUGAAUUCGUUUCUGAAUUUGAUUCAAAAUUUUUGGCAAUGGUAACUAGUUGGAAUAAGAAAUUUGAAACAUCAUAGCAUAGUUUAGAUAGAGACAUUUCAGCCAAGUUUAUCAAGCUAUCAGAAAAUUUUGAAGCAGCUUUUACUAGGAUGUCUAACAAUCUUUUAGAUUCAUUUUUAGCUCCUUAUCAGGUACUUAUCAGCAGCACUGUGGGUAAUGUUGCGAUAGAUACCCCGGCUUGUGAACCCCGUCAUGGCGAAGGCCUAUGGGGAUCUGGUCCAGGCAGGUGUUUUAUGAUUCUUUACCCAAUGUGUUCCCUGUUAGUCACAUGACAGUGCCAAAGGGCACUUAUUUAGGAGAAGGGGGGGGAGGGUAUUAGUGGUUGACCUAAGCCAGCUAGUUGUCAGGAUUUUACUUUGGGGGAAGUUUCACAGUUAGGGUCUGAUGAUGAGGAUUCGUGUGAUAUUGGUGUUUUGUUGAGGCGGCUGACGGACUAGCGGCCGAUGCGGAGUUGCCAGUUCGGAUCGCAAAAACUACGAUACCGCUUGUAAAAUCAACGUUGGCGGCGAAAGGUGCAGCAGAGGAUAGAAUGCAGGUCCCAGUUUCGCCCGUAAGGCCGUUCAAAAUACGUACGAAGGACGAUAAGGUUCCUAUUAAAAGUACGAAAAAUAGUGAGUUGGCAACCUCGGCGGAUACGUUCGUGGAAGGCAGUGUCCGUCUGGAUGAAAGGUCGAGGCCGAGCUCUCCGACGCUCAUAAACGAUGCCAAAACUAAUAGAGACGAAGUUAUAUCUGUCUUAAGGGAGCCUUCAUCUUGGAGAUCUAGACGAGAUUCUCACUCUAGAUCCGUGAGCAGAGAAAGAGUGAGGCGUUCUCGUUCCCCUGCUGACUAUCCGGGAUCGAGCCAACAGUGGCCAGCAAAGAUCAAAGAGACCGCGGCCGUAGGGGCAGGCGGCCGUGGAAUUCCGGGCCGUCUGUCAGAAGAUAGGGGCGAGACAACAUCCCUUGUGACGGAGAAUGGUACACUAGAGCCGGAGGAAGGAGAAAACCAAGAGUUUCUGGCCUCGUAUGCAGAGGUGAUUGAUUUGAUUCGUCAAUUCAAUAACCUUUCGGAGAAGACAGAAACACCGGCCAGUAUGCUUCCGCCUGGAAUUGACAUGGCAUUUGGAUUAAAAAGGGAUACCAAGGUGUCGUAUGAAUUGCCUUGUUCGAGUCAUGCGGAGUCGGUCUUGCAACACGUAAACACAAAGAUUGCUGGGAGGGAUAAUUCCUUAAGAUCUAAUAGAUCAUUUAAAUUUAUUCCCCCUCCAAUGAUAAAGCAAAGGAAAUAUUAUACGACACCGAAGGUCUCUUUGCUGUCUAGACAAAUGAACCCUAAUGUUGUAAGAUUAAGGCCUGGAUUAACCUUAGAUCAGGUUAAAAUGGAGUGCCCUUCAAUGACGUACCAAGAGGCUGCUACGUUAGAAGCAACAGCUUCUUCUGUCUUUCAGGCUGCUUCUUGGUUAGACCUUUGGUCAACAGCAGUGGCGAAGAUUGCAUCCUCGGAAGCAACAAGAAAAGUAGUGGAUGAACCAUUGUUCAUUAGAUUACUACAGUCAGGUUCCAAGGCGAUUGCGUACCUGACAAACGUAAGUGCCAAUGUUUGGGCAAAUAUCCUGCUAAUGAGGAGAGAUGCAGCAUUGGCUAGACUAAGCUGCAAUGUGGAUUUGGAUUCCCUGUUAGCAAUGAGGAAUGGGGAUAUCUUGGAAUCGCAACUGCUGUUGCCAGAGGUCUUACUGGAAGAGGCGAUAGAUAGAAGAAGGAUGGACACUAACGAUAGGUUGGUGCAACAGGCAGUUAGGAAAACGUCUAACAGUCAAACUACUCCUUUGGAGGGAAGACAACAGCAAAUGUCUCGGAAGAAGACAGUGAGACAUAACAUCCCUAAUAGAGUCACAAGACCCUCUUCCCCAAAGAGGCUAACUCAUCGGCCCUUUCACAAUAGAAACAACAGAGGAAGGGGCAAUAGGGGAAGAGGGAGAGGCUCAAGAAGAUAGGAUGGGCGCCUCCCAUCACUCGGCCACACCAGUGGGGGGUUGCCUGGCAAAUCACUGGAAGGUGUGGCAGGAACUAGGGGCAGAGCAGUGGGUGGUGGAUGUUCUCAGGAUUGGGUAUUUAAUCCCGUUCGAGGUUUGUAUUUCAUGAGGGUCUCUCGACGCUUAGGCCUAGCUGCCGAUAACCAGACAAUGGCACCAUCUAUUGUCGAAAAAAAUAAGUAAAUGAGUUCACAACAGAUAAGUAUUUGUCAUAUUUCAACUUAAAAAUACCUCAUAUAACAAAAAAUGACCUUGCCCCAUAACUUAUACAUAGAGAUUCCAGAGAUUAAUUUACGCUAAAUAGGAGCAAGAAAUUGCUCUGAAUUGAGUUAAAUAUGGCAAAAUAAUCUUACCUCCCCUGUCAGCAGAUUUUUCAAAACCAAAACAUGAUCAGUUAGUUUGAAUUUUCCAAUACAAUAGUAAUAUAAGACUACAUGCAGUAUUAUUGGAUACAGCGAAGUAAAGGAUAGCUUUUUGAAAGAACCAAGGAAAAGAUGCAUAUUUGUUAUGUUUGUAUUUUAUGCGGCGGUCUCGGCACUUAACCUUACCCACUGAUAACCAGACAACGGUGCUAUAAACUCUACGUAGGGUAAAACUCAGUUAUGAAUAUAUAUUGAACAAGCGCUGUAAAACUGAAAUGCUGGUAACCAGGACCUGCCUGUAUUCUAUUUUAAGAAAAUAACUUAUUUGAUUUUUGUUUUAUGUUGUAGAAGAGUAAGUUUUCACAGAUUAAGUGCAGCAGUGAACUGAUAUUUAGCACAGCAUAACAUACAACAUAUAUAUAGAAAUAUAGCUUGCUUCUACUUUUU